AUGUAUAAUAUCAGCGUAAACUACCGGUUCUUCAAAGAAAAACUUGAUAAGCUGAAAAGAAAAUACAAAAAGUACAAGCAUCUAAUGAAAAAUUCUACAGGUAUUUCGGUUGAUCCUACGACAUCUGUGAUAUCUGCGUCUGAUUCAUGGUGGAAAGAACGUGAAGUAGAUAGGAUUGUAAAAUCAUUUAAGCGAAAACCACCGGAGCUUUGGGAAGUGAUGCAACGAUGUUUCGUAUUAUACGACGUCCAAUCACAAUCUCAAUACUCCUUGCACCAAAGAAGAGAAGAGUUGCUGAAUGAUGGUCAAAAUAAUGAUGAAACUGAAACAUAUGGCGGUGAUAUGCAAGACACUCAGGUCCAGGAGACACAAGAAAGCAAAGAAGUCUAUCGCGUUAAUAUUGAUGAUGAAAUGCGUCAUUCAAAUCAGUUCACCCGUGAGAAUUUGCGUCAGAAUUCUUCACCAGCUGCUGAUCAUUUUCAGAUUCCUACUUCUAGAGUUCAACAACGAAGUGGACUAAGGCGUGGAAGUAGUUCACAAAGAGGUGCAGGAACCUCCCGGAUCACUGCCAGGAGUGGAUCCCAAGGAAGUCGUAGAAAACAAUCAUUCGAGACAACUCUGACAGAUACGAUGACGGGUUAUAGAGAGUUUCAGCGCCAAAGUUUGCAACAACUACGUCCAAAUUCUUUUGAUGAAGAUGAUUACAAUGAAUUCGAUAAUGCGGUGAAGAUAUUCGAAUCAAUGGAUCUUCCAAAUGACACCAAUUUCUAUUGGGCGUGCAUUCAUGCAUUUAAAGAAGAAAGAUUUUGGCGUAAGUACUUUAUUGACAGAGCCGAAAGAACCACAGAAGAUAAGUUGAAGUUUUUACAAGCUCUUAGUGGAUAUACACCGGACAGCGAAUUCGUGGGAAAGCGGUUAGAAUCUGGACAAAAGUUUGGUAGUCCAACUUGUGGGCAAUGGAAUUCUGGUUUUCAACAAUGGGGAACACCUCCAAGUGCCCCGCAAUGGGGAACACCACCAAAUGCGCCGCAAUGGAGUUCACCUUCAAAUGCUCCGCAGUGGGGUACACCGCCAAAUGCUCCACAAUGGGAUACACCGCCAAAUGUUCCGCAGUGGGGUACACAACCUUUUCCACAAUGGGGUGCGCCUCAAAAUUCUCAACAAUGGGGUUCAUCAACAAGUACUCAACAAUGGGGUCCUACAUCUGCUGUUCCUCAAUGGGGAUCAUCACCGACCACUCAUCAAUGGGGAUCAUCACAAGAUGCUCCACAAUAUAUUCCUCCGAGAAAUGUUCAACAUGGAUUUUCCCUAGAAACAGAAGUACAAACUACAACACGUGAAAAGGAAGUUCCUGUUUCCGAGAAUGUUAUCAGAGGAGUUUCACCGGAAUUCACGAACUAUGCUUCUACAAGUAAAGCAUCACGUCCACGAAGACGAGGAGGAUUAUUCAAUAUCUGGGGAACUGAACGAGGACUAAAUCUAAAUGAAACACAAGAAAGUGAUUCCACAUCGGAUAACUAGCUUAAUAAGAUUCGUGCUUUGUUUGUAGUC